AUGGUUCUAUCAAUUCAAGCAGCACCCUCUUCCAACUUGUUUAUCUUUGGAGGCUUCAGCCUCGUAGACAAUCACUUCAAUUACUCUCAAAUCCCAUCUGCUGUUGGACAUCUUUCAAGGUUAACUUAUCUCAAUCUCUCAUCGUCCUCAUUUGCUGGUCAAAUUCCAUUAGAGAUUUCACAACUAAACAAAUUGGUUUCCCUCGAACUCUCUCUGAAUCCAUUAUUGAAGCUCCAUAAGCCUGGUCUAGCAAGUCUCGUGCAGAACUUGACGGACUUGAAAGAACUUUGCCUCAGUUAUGUGAACGUUUCUUCUCCCUCAAACAAUGUGGAUUACUCGGCCAAUUUCCAGCAGGCAUUUUUAAGCUACCAAACCUACAGGUGCUUUGUGUUCGAUCGGUACAAUCAAGAGCUCACCGGUUAUUUGCCUGAGUUCCAUGGGAGUCGUCCACUUGUGGUAUUGAAACUAGCAGGCACAAGCUUUUCUGGGGAGCUACCAAAUUCAAUCAGUAAUCUCAACUCGUUGAAUGAAAUGGACAUCUCAGAAUACAACUUCUCAUGGUCAAUACCGUCUUCAAUUGGAACUCUUUCUGAAUUGAAGGUUCUCAUUCUGCGCUUCAAUAAAUUCCAUGGUGCAAUAAGGCACCUUGAAUCUAGCUUUUCUUUUCCCACGUUGCGCUUCAUUGACCUUUCUCAUAACGGUUUUAAAGGCGAGUUGCCUUCAAAUUUCUUCCGAACCUGGAGAUCCAUGAUGGCUGUGGACAACAAUCAGUCAUAUUUGCGAGCAAGCCAAGAGCUGGUUUCUAAAUUCGGUUGGCUUGAGAAUUACAAUUACUCAAUCACCAUAACAAACAAAGGUGUGCAGACAAUAUAUCUGAAGAUCUUGAAUGUCUUGACUGUCAUUGCUCUCUCAAGUAACCAAUUCCGAGGAAAGAUUUCAGAAUCUAUUGGGAUCCUCAAGGGGCUUCACGUUCUCAACCUUUCCAACAACAAUCGUGUUGGCUACAUCCCCCCAUCUUCCUUGGGGAAUCUAACACAACUUGAAUUGUUGGACCUUCUCAAACCGAGCUCUCAGGAGAGAUACCUCGGUCCUAUUCCGCGAGGAAGGCAGUUUGAUACAUUUCCAAACAGUUCGUAUGAGGUGAAUUCCGGAUUGUGUGGAGACCCUUUGUCGAAGAAAUGCGGCGAGUUGGAAGCAUCACCACUACCACCACCUUCAAAAUUCAAGCAAGGCGACGAGCAUUCAUGGUUUCCAGUUGACAGAAGUGAUUGGCUUGUCGUAUGCAUGGGUUAUGGAGGUGGGUUAUAG